AUGGAGGUUUUAGCAGGAGAAGUGCUGAGCGAAGAUCAAGUCUUCGAGUUCCAAGAAGCAUUUUGCUUGCUCGACAAGGAUGGCGACGGUAGGAUUACGAUCCAAGAACUGGGAACGUCAAUCCGGUCGUUGGGGCUGCAUCCGUCGGAAGGAGAGCUGAAGGAGAUGAUGAGGCAAGUGGACGUGGAAGGGAAAGGGAGCAUUGAGUUUGGGGAGUUCUUGGGAUUAAUGGCGACCAAGAUGAAGGAGAACGAAGCCGACCAGGAACUCAGGGAAGCUUUCAGGGUGUUUGAUAAAGACCAGGAUGGCUUCAUUUCACCAAACGAGCUGAGGCACGUUAUGAUGAACGUAGGGGAGAGAGUGACAGAUGAAGAGCUUGAACAAAUGGUCAAGGUAGCAGAUUUGGAUGGGGAUGGCCGGAUUAAUUAUGAAGAAUUCGUCAAAAUGAUGAUUGCUUCCUUCUGAUAAUAUACAUAAAGCUAAGCUAUAGUGUAGAGUAAUCUCAUUAUCAUGUAUUUCUAUUGCACUACAC